GUUUUUACCGGAUUUUUAUCGAGUUUUUCGCGUUUUUCAGCAAAGUUUUGUAAAAAAUGGCCACUUCGUUCUACACGGGAGGUGGCGAAGACGGAGACGGCUUCAAUCCCCGUGUGCACGCGAGAAUCGCCGAACGAGAGGGUUUUCAGCUGGCUUCUGGCUCCGAGGACCCGAGAACUUUAUUCGUUGCAAAUCUGGAUCCGGCGAUAACCGACGAGUUUCUCGCGACGCUUUUCAAUCAAAUUGGCGCCGUUAUGAAGGCAAAAAUUAUUUUUGAAGGACUCAACGAUCCGUACGCUUUCGUGGAGUUUUCCGAUCAUAAUCAGGCUACGCUGGCUUUACAGAGCCACAACGGGCGGGAGCUGCUGGAAAAAGAAAUGCACGUAACGUGGGCAUUCGAGCCCCGCGAGCCGGGCGAAAACCGCUCAAAACCCGAAACUUCUCGACAUUUUCACGUUUUCGUCGGCGAUUUGUGCUCCGAAAUUGAUUCGACAAAGCUCCGUGAAGCUUUUGUUAAGUUCGGAGAAGUUUCUGAGGCGAAAAUUAUUCGCGAUAACAAUACGAACAAGGGAAAAGGCUACGGAUUCGUAUCAUACCCCCGUCGAGAAGAUGCCGAAAGAGCUAUAGAUGAGAUGAAUGGAGCAUGGCUUGGCCGACGGACUAUUCGAACAAACUGGGCCACCCGGAAGCCUGAUGAAGAUGGUGAACGUGGUGGUGAUCGUGGUGAUAGAAGAGGUGGAGGUGGCGGUGGAAGAGAUCGUUAUCAUAAUCAAUCGGAAAAGACUUAUGAUGAGAUUUUUAAUCAAGCUGCUGCUGAUAAUACAUCGGUUUAUGUCGGAAAUAUUGCCAAUCUUGGGGAAGACGAAAUUCGCCGAGCUUUUGACCGUUUCGGACCAAUCAACGAAGUACGAACAUUCAAAAUUCAGGGAUACGCAUUUGUGAAAUUUGAGACUAAAGAAUCAGCGGCACGGGCGAUUGUACAGAUGAAUAAUGCAGAUAUUGGAGGACAAAUUGUUCGAUGCAGUUGGGGAAAAAGUGGAGAUUCUGGAAAGCCAUCCGAGCGAGGAUCCGGCGGUGGUGGCGGCAGUGGCAACUACGGUUACGGUUACGGUAACAGCGGUGGCGGCGGCGGCAGCGGAGGACCCGGAAAUUCGCAAUUUUCGAAUUUUAAUCAACGACCCCCACCAUCUGGAAAUGGUGGUUCUGGAGGCGGAAGUGGAGGCCAAAAUAAUCAAUAUUGGCAGUACUAUUCGCAAUACUACAAUAAUCCACAUUUGAUGCAACAAUGGAAUAAUUAUUGGCAAAAGGAUGGACCACCACCACCACCAGCUGCAGCAGCUUCAUCUACUGGAGGAAAUUGAGAGCACAUUUUGUGAAAAAAUUAUUUUUUUUUUGCUGUUUUUGGAAAUUUGGAAAUUUCCAAUUUUCUUAAUUUUUUUGUUGCUGUUUUUGGAAAUUUUGUGAAUUUUUUUUCUGAAAAAUUGGAGAAAAUUGAGCUCAUUUUAUGGAAAAAAUUCUUUAAAAAAUCAAUUUUCUGAGAUAAUUCGUUUCUUAUUUUGUUAAUUAAUUAAAUUUCAGCAAGAUCUUUUUCCAAAAAAAAAAAAACUUGUAAAAUUCCAGUUUUUCUAGAAAUUUGGAGGGAACUGAGCACAUUUUGUGGAAAAAUAAUUCUUUAAAAAAUCAAAUUUCUUUAUUUUUACUGUUUUUGGAAGUUUUGAAAAAAAAAUUCCAAAAAAACAUGGUAACAUUCCAGUUUUUCUGGAAAAAAAUUGGACAAAAUUUAGCUGAUUUUUUUUUUGAAUUUUUCAAAUAGUUAUUUAAUACAAAAAUAAUCAUUUUCCUGUUUUUCCAGCAAAAAUUGAGCACAUUUUGUGGAAAAAAAUUCAAUAAAACUUUAAAAAUCAUUUUUUGAGUAACAUUGAAAUUUCCUAUUUUCUUGAUUUUUUCCUGUUUUGGAAAUUCUGAGCAUUUUUUUCCCAAAAAAAACUGGUAAAAUUCCUGUUUUUCUGAAAAAAAAUGCAGAAAAUUGAGCGGAUUUUUGGAAUUUUUUAAAUAGUUAUUUAAUACAAAAAUAAUUAUUUUCCUGUAUUUUUUUAAGAAAACAAAAUUUAAUUUUUCUUAAUUCAACAAUUUUUUUUUUUCAAUUUUUUGAAUUUUUCGGAAAUUUAAAAUUUUUUCCAAACAUCUUUUGCUUCAGUUUAACUAAAUAUAUUGCUGAGUUCUGUGAAUUUGCAAUUUAUGUUUUGAAAAUUCCGGAAUUUUUUUGUUUUGUAUUUGUCCUCUCCCCAAGAAAAUUGCAUUUUUUAACGAAUUAGAAAUCCAUUUUUAAUUAUUUUUCACCCAAUUUCCCCGUUUUUUUUGUAUAUUUUCAUCUGCCUUAAUUUAUUGAUUUUUUUUUCUUCCCCACCCCCCUGAAUUCCACGCGUUUCUAUUUUUUUUUUGCAACAGAAAAAUUGUCUAAUAUAAAAAUGUCCUAUGUUAUUUACUUCCUGUCAUUUUUUUAUUGUAAAAGUUAUUAUUUAUGAAAUAAAUAAAUGUUCAUGGAGCCGGAAA